CUGGUGGGGCCGCCAGGGGGCGAGCGGGAGGCGGCGGCGGGGCGGAGCGGGCCGGGAGGCGGCGGCGGCGGCGGCGGAGCGGCGAUGGAGCCCCGCCGGCCUCGGCGCUGAGCCUCCCCCCCCCUCGACCCCGCCGCGGCAUGGCCGGCCUCAUCAAGAAGCAGAUCCUGAAGCACCUGUCCCGGUUUACGAAGAAUCUCUCUCCAGACAAAAUCAACCUGAGCACGCUGAAGGGGCAGGGGCAGCUGACCAACCUGGAGCUGGACGAGGAGGUGCUGCAGAAUGUGCUGGAGCUGCCCACCUGGCUCGCCAUCACCCGGGUCUACUGCAACAAGGCGUCCAUCAGGAUCCAGUGGACAAAACUGAAAACGCACCCAAUCUGCCUGUACCUGGAUAAAGUGGAGGUAGAGAUGCGAACAUGUGAAGAGCCUCGGCCACCCAACGGACAGUCUCCCAUUGCUCUUGCUGCAGGUCAAAGUGAAUAUGGCUUUGCUGAAAAGGUGGUCGAGGGGAUGUUUAUUGUUGUCAAUUCCAUCACUAUCAAGAUUCACUCCAAGGCCUUUCAUGCUUCUUUUGAGCUGUGGCAGCUCCAAGGCUACAGCGUCAACCCCAACUGGCAGCAGAGCGACUUGCGGCUCACCCGCAUUACAGAUCCCCAGAGAGGAGAGGUUUUGACGUUCAAAGAACUCACCUGGCAGACACUUCGGAUAGAAGCAGAUGCCACCGACAAUGGUGAUCAGGAUCCUGUUACUACUCCUCUGAGACUCAUUACCAACCAGGGGAGGAUCCAGAUCUCUCUUAAGAGAAGGACUAAAGAUUGCAACGUGGUGGCAUCGAAGCUGAUGUUUCUUCUUGAUGACCUUCUCUGGGUGCUGACAGACUCUCAGCUGAAAGCAAUGAUGAAGUACGCAGAGUCUCUGAGUGAAGCCAUGGAGAAGUCUGCCCAGCAGAGGAAAAGCUUGGCACCAGAGUCUGUACAGAUCACACCGCCUGCUCCGAGUACGCAGCAGUCCUGGUCUCAGCCAUUUGGAGUCAGCCCGAAUGCAAGUAGCAUUGGUCAAUACUUUGACAAACACGACAUGAAAGAGUCGUCAUACCACCUCCUCAUCUCACGCCUGGAUCUGCACAUCUGUGAUGACAGCCACACUCGAGAGUCAGGCACUUUGAAGCACGGGAUGCUGGGCGGUGCUAUGCAGCUGACCUUCAGGAGGAUGGCUUUUGACUAUUAUCCUUUCCAUAGGGCAGGAGAUGCCUGCAAGCAUUGGGUGAGGUACAGCGAGGCAAUGGAAGCACGGGGACAGUGGGCAAAAAGGUUGGUCAGUGAAUUUCAAAGCAAGAUUGAGAAGCAUUAUGAAGAAACAGACUCUGCCUUUGCCAAGACUCCGCUUUCCCCCUUCAAAAGGAAACCAGAUACAUCUCCGAGUCCUCAUAAAAGCCCCUUAGAGAAAGGCCGUGUACCUCCUUCCAGUUUGCCGCAACUCCGGCACCCUCCCUGGAACCGUCUUCGAUCCAGCUGUGUGGUAGUUCGUGUGGAUGACUUGGAUGUUCACCAGGUUUCUACAGCUGGUCAGCAUAGUAAGAAACCUUCGACCUUGCUUUCAUGUAGCAGAAAAUUCCUCAACCUUCCUGAUCAGGUCUCUGCAAUCCAUAUUGAAUUCACAGAGUAUUACUUCCCAGACAAUCAGGACUUUCCAGUUCCAUGCCCAAACCUGUAUGUACAGCUGAAUGGUUUGAUGCUUACCCUGGAUACAGCGAGCAUGCUCUGGAUAAACCUCUUCUGUCUGGAUCUUUAUCGUAGCUUGGAGCAGUUCAAAGCCAUCUACAAGCUGGAGGACUCAGGCAAACGUGAUGAGCAUUUUGACGUCCGACUGGAUGGCUUCCGGCUGAAGCUCAACAUCCCUGUGGAGAAGAAAGUCACUGACCACCAAGACCGUCCGCAGACGCUCUGCAUCCGCACGACGGAGAUGACUGCCACCAACACCCGCCACGCUCCCUUCUGCAGCUGCCAAGACCUCCAGAGCCUCUUCCGUAAAUUUGCCAGUUCAGAAUUCUUCCACUCCAGCUACACCCAGUUCCCGAGGUCUCCGGACAACUUCAGCCUCCUCCACACCCUCUUCUUGCGCCAUGCAUACGAGGUGGAUGACAGACCUCAGAAGCAUACGGGUUUUCCCCAGCCAUUGCGCAAAAUCUCUGCCUCUGAAGAUCUGUGGUCUAUGAAUUUCACUGAGCUUUCCCUGGACUUCGAGGGUGCUGAGAGCUCUAAGGGCAGAGCCCUUAGCUUUGUUGACCCAUUUCCCCUCUCCAUCUGGGCCUGUCUUCCCAAGAGAUGGGCGCAAGCUCAGAUAUCUAAACGACAAGAAUCGUCUGCCUCUGAUACAAAAAUCAAGCCUUCUGCCAGUUUCAGCAAUCACUCCAAGAAUGAAAACCUCUCCAGAGAGCAUGGGGUUUGCCAAAGAUCAAGGACUGACCAGGAUCUGAAGAAUGUCUACAAGGUCGCAGAGUCGAUGGAUGUCUUGGGAGAGUCUGAGUGUGAAAUUGAUGAUGGGGUAGAUGAAAAAGAGCUGGAAGCCUCUGCUGAUAUCCAUGUCCUUUUGUCCUCAUCUGUUCACGUCAAAGUUCGGCUCAACCACUACCAAUACCUGGUGCUGCUCAGGAUGAAAGAAGUUCUGCAAACGCUACAGGAGCAGCUGGCCCAGGAUACCCAGGAGGUGACUGGGUCUCCUUUAGACCCCAUGUCUGCCUCGGUGGGAGUUCUGUUCCACAGUGCUGAAGUGGCCCUGCUCAUGAACCCCGCUCCAGGCUCCUGCCUGGAACCCAGAUCCCUCGACUCAGACACAACGAGCCUGAUCGAGUCGGAGCUCUCACCCUCAGACAGCAAGGAGGGGCUGGCAGCUGAAGAGAAGGAGCAGAAAUCUGAGACCGGUUCUGAGAAGGGAAUAUGCGGGACCUCAAAGGUCCCAGAGGACAGUGAGAUUGAAAAUAAAGGUACCAACGUAACCAGCGUGCCACUGGAGAGGCUCCAAAGAUCUGCAAGCGAUGGAGCUCUGAGUACAACUCCGCAAAGUAAAAGCAUGGAAGAGAAAGGUCUGAUAGAGGAAGCACGUGAAGCUGUGGAAGCCCUGGUUACAGAAAGACCAGAAGAGCCCAGCAGUCAUCCUCAGAGCCCUCCUGCCCACCAUUCUAGCCCAACCUCAGAUGUCCAGCCCUUGGGGAGAGGAAACAUCACUCUCAAUGGCCAGGCAGAACUCAUCCCUUUGAAGAACCUAGAGGUGGAGUUGUCCAGUGCGCUGCAUAUCACAAAGGAUGCCACCAAGGAAGCUCUGCAUGUGACUAUGGACCUCACCAAAGAAGCCAUGUCUAUAACAAAAGACGCUCUGAGCUUGAGCCGGGAGAAGAUGACCUCCACCAUGCAGAAAAUGCUCUCUCUCCCCCCAGCCAAGGAUCCUUUGCCCAAAGCAGAAGAGGGAGCAGUGACUCCAGGUGGGGGUGGCAGCAGCCGAAUGCGUUUCUUCUCCAUGAAGAGGACAGCGUCCCAGCACUCCUUUGACGCCACAUCCGUGGAUGGGAGCGGUCCUGAGGACGGGCUGUCUGUGGACAGCGAUGGCAGCGAUGGCUUUGUGAUGCUCACGGAUUCUGAGCCCAGCCUGGACCCUCUUCCCCCAGGGCAUCUCCUUCAGGCCCACGACAACACGGGCAGUAGAGCAAGCCUGAUGGCAGAGGACGAGGGUGGAGUGUCUCCUGAAAUAAACAGCUCGACUUCACAGAGCGGAGAGGACCCCAGCCUUCAGCUGGUGUCAGUCCUGGUACUGAAGAUGAACGAGGUGAACUGUGGCAUAGAGGCACGAGGCGACGAUUUGUCUGUUGCUUUACAAGUAAUGAACGUGGUCCCAGGGCAACUGAACAACGUUGGCAUGUGGCAAUACUUGCGUGGCUAUGUGGGAGAUACAGCUGUGGAGAAGCCUUCAGUCCCUGAAGCUAAUAAGACCCAGCCAGAAGUGCGUUUGCGUCUCGAAGUAGGACCUAACGCCGCUGUGCACUCACCGCUUGCUGUGCAGAAUGGCUUCCUUCAUAUGCUGGUCCACACCUAUAGAGCAGAGCUCUUCAUGUCCUUCCUCACCAACCUCGGCCCUUUUCUUGAGGAUGAGAUAAUCCCCGAGGUGAUCCCCAUGGAGAUAGAAGUUGUGGAUGCCAAAAUCACACUGAAGGAUGACAGCCCUCGGGUGUACCCUACCUCCCCUGGCCCUGUUCCUAUCACCUUGGCAGUCGAUCACAUCGUUGUGAAGCGCAGAGACGAUGGGGUUUUCUGUCUAACAGCUCCAGGAGGGGAGGACUCACUGCGACUGGAAAAACCUGAACCAGUUGUUCAAGACCAGAAGGCCCCAGCAGAGUGUGUCUUGGCAGCACCCACAGGAGGGGUGCGUGGACUGCAGCUAAAGGACCUGCCAGAGUUGCAGAGGGAACUUCAGACCAUGAAAAUAGCCCUUGCAGAAGCCAACAUGGACAAGGCUCGCCUUCUGCAGGAAAUUAGGAAAUACAAUCCCCUCUUCCAGCUCUGACAGCGAAGGUGCAGGCUGCAGCUGCUCGGGAGGAGUGGAGCCCACCACCAGCACUGAGGCGGCUAGUUUGAUUACCUUGCUGCUAAACGGGUCGACCUCCCGCAGACUGAUCAUCUCAGAGAAUGGAACCCAACUGUGACUGCAAAACACACCUGAAACCGGGAGAAAGGACGAAAAGCGUGGCUGAGCAACACCGCAGGAACCAGGGGGAUUUAGCGCUUGCUGCCCCUUUCCUCUGUCCUGGCAACAUGGUGCUACCAUCUGUCACUGACCCGGGGCAGCGCUCGGUCUACAAACAGGAGGUCAGAAGCUGGUGCCGGGACCCCACGGCUCUCCAUCCACAUGGUGGUAGUGACAGAUUGCUUUCAGCCCUCAUCUCCCACCUAGAGGUGGCUGAUGUAGGGCUUCUGCUUCUUUCAGCCUUCCUCUUGGUGUUCUUGCCCACUCCCGUGUGCUAAAGAACACAGCAAAGGGAGGACGGCUGACUUCACCCCCUCAAGGAGUGACAGGGAAUAGGUGUGGCAGAAAACACCGCUCAGAGCUCUGCUGUGAAAGCUCGUUUGUUGGCAGAGAGAGACCUAGGUCAGCAGGCGUGGGAGAUGCAGAGGGGAUUUCUUCCUUGUGGAGGAAGGGGGCUACAGCUCAUCAUCCCCUCAAGAGCAGGGCCAGGAUAGUAAAGAAACUUCUUCAGUUUUCUUUUUCCCCCAGUAAUUUGCUGCGUCAGGACAGAAUCAGGAGCAUAUCAGACUUGGUCUGGUUCAUUCUCAGUCCUGCAGUAUUUGGCUUCAUGGAUGCGGAACCAUGGAGGAAUUCACUAUUUCAUUACAGAGCACUGUUUAAUCUCUCUUUAAUUUUACAGUCAAGGAAUCAGGGUGAAGGAAGCUGGCUAAGGCAUGGGAUGAGAAGCCCUUUGCAUUUCCUUUGGGCUGUGCAUUGUCCUCAAACCCUUCUGUGCUAGAGCUUCACCACUGGAGAGAGGGAAAGCAGCCGCACAGCGAGACAGCUGUCUGCGUUCCUACAGGGUCGUGUAUUUUAAAUAGCAUUGAGCUCAUACCCAGUCUUAAAUGUCUUUUAGCAGGGGGUGUGGGUCAGGAGAAGGGUGCUGGCCAGGUCCCUCUGGGUGGAGGAUGACGCUAUGAACUCACUGUGGGAUGGAGACGAAACAGUAGCUAGCUGCUGAGCAUCGUUUGUGCUCUCACCUUUCGUGAAGCGGCUUCCUUGGAGAAGUCUCUGUGGGCAAACUGCGAUCGAGCUCAUUUAUAAAGAAAUUGCGUUUAAAGGUGUGGAGGGAAAAAAAAAAAGGAAAACACUAGAAAAACAAGAAAUGAGCACUAGUUUUAAAAAACAAAAUGUCAUUCGUGAAGUGUGAGAAUCAAAUCCACUCCGAGAGGCAAACUGGAGCGUGGUUUCUUUGCUCUGCUAGUCCAGGUAGGACGUGGUCUGUGCACCCAGCAAAGCAGCAGCUGAAAAGGGCGGUUGUGAAGGGAAAAGCUGCUACAGAGGAGGAUUUGCCCUGUUCUAACACGGAAUGGUGAAACUUGCAGCCCAUCUACGGUACGGAUGGAUGCCCAUUCCUUCCCCUGUUACACGUAGCAUCUUUACUGUGUGCAGAGUUCGUUUGAUUUUAUUGUAUUUCAGGCUUUGAUUGGGAUUGUUCCAGAUACCUUUGGUGUUUGUGUGGAGGCACGAUUUGCGAUGCACGAUUCUUAGUGCACGUCAAACAGAGCAGCGACUGCCACGCGCUGCGUGCUAGCAGAGCUGACAGAUCCCGUGGGAUUCUCCUUUAUUAAUCAGAGGAAAUAAUUUGUCUAGAAAAGUUGAGUAACCCCCUUUAUUUUUUUAAAGAUGAACACACUACAGAAAACUUUAUUCUAAUGGAUUUUUCUAUUUUUUUCUCUGUGAGCGUUACUCCCCUAGUUCAGCUGAAGUAAGGUGAGAUUUUAAUCCUGCUCUGUGCAAGGAACAGCCUCCGACUGACGAGCCGUGGUCAGCUGAGGACUGGGAGCUAUGCAAAAGAAAGCAAAUGACUUAGGAGUUGGGUUUGGUUUUCCUACCUGUUACAUACUUGUCCCUUUGCUAACUCCGGAGCUGUUGGACAGUUCCCUUUAACAGACACUCCUGAGAUAAUUUAGUUCCUGAGCUCUAGGGGAGCAGGGACGUAUUCCCACGCUGGGUUGGGUGUGGAGGCACUGCUGCCUGUGGUUUGCAGGGAACCAAGAGUGAAUUCCUUGCGGUCGUUAGCUUUCACGCUUAAAAGAGAGCAGGUAAGAGACAGAGGGUGAUCGAAACCACUGUCACCGUUCAGAUCAUCCUCCUCACUCAGUGUGUGACCCUGUCAGACUGAAGGUAGCCUCGAGUGACGUUUGUUGGAGUUCAGACCUUGUCCGCUAGGUUUGAACGGCCCCGGGGCAGACUGCUGGGGUCCAGGGCUUCUGCCACCUUUGUCUGCCAAGAUCUGACUGACCGGUGCCUACAACCAGAUGUGACAGUGGCAGCAAAAGCCUGGCCUUCCUUCUGGAAACCCUGGAAGGAGGCGGCCACGAGUGAAUUAAGGAGGAGGGUUUGCCUUCGGCAGAAGCGCAGGAGCCAAAGGCUCUGCUGUGAUGCACGGGGUGCUUGUGCUCCCCACCUGCUCUGCCCGGGCUGGAUGUGAAGUUCAGAUGCUGCUGUGCCUUUUGCAAGUUUGCUUCCCCUCCUCCUCGGUCCUGUUAGCCAGCCUUGCUGUUUUCUCUGGAGCACGUUCCGCGACCCACCCCCUGCUCAGUGCAGCCUCUGACAAGUUGGCUUUGUGUUGCUGCCUGUGAUGGAAAACGUCGCGGAGCAGCCUGUCAGGCCUGUUCUCGAGAGGAAAAUGCACUUUAACUUCCUAAGCAUCAGCGGGCAUUUCUUUCACCAGUACUGCCUCGUGCAUAGAAUUCAGGAGUAGAAGCAGAGGCUUAGAAGUGCAAGCUACCUGCUGCACUAAACCCAGAUGCUGUGAGGAGCUCUCGGAGCUGAGAGCAAGGAGGUAACAAAGCAGCCGCGUACCUACAGCCGUGCUGUGAAAACCUGUAUGCAAACAGCUCCAAAUACCAUUGGGAACCGCACAAAGCCCACGUAAGCAGAAGUCAAACUUGAUUUAGUCAAACCUAUCUGCUGCUGUGCUUGCUCCCCCUUCCUGUGUGAAGCAAGAAAUCCCAGGAUGCUUGCUGCAGGUGGAAUGCAGUGGUAUUACUUUUUAGUCACUAAUUGCCUGAAAAUGGGAGGUUUCUUUCUUCUCUCACAUCUCAUGACUCUUUGGUUGAGGGGUCAAGUUUCACCUCCAGCCAGCUUAGGAAACGGGUGGGGUAAAAAGGGUUUUCGGUGUGGUGCCUACUUGCAGUGUCAUAGAACCACUUCCACUCCCACGGGUGCAGGUUGGUCAGAGCUGGGCCAAGUUGUUCAAUUUCUGGCUCCAGCAGCUCAAGUCAACCAGUUCCGUGUGAAUUCAAGCACUUCCCUUGUUUUCUGUUUUAAGUACCAGUAAGAAGCACUGUAAAACAAAAUCCUCUUCCUUUCUGUAAGGCCUGUGGGAGGACAGAAACUCCACUGAUGAUGAUUAGCAAAGUUUACUCCUUAGAGUCUUGUAUUUAAGGACUCUGUUACGAUGAGAGCCAACUUAAUCCUUGGUGUAACUCUCCUGCAGUUACCCUAGGAAGAGCACAUGGCCUCAGCAUCUGUUACAUUAGUGAGAAGCGUGCUCCAAGGGGAAUACUCUGUACAGGUGGGUAAUGUACAAGUCUGAACUUGAAUUUUCGGCAGUAUUGGAACUUUGUUGCAGUAUGUAUGCAUUUAUUGGUUCUAUGAACCACAAAAAGAAAUUAAACUUGUUAACCUCC